UUCGAGUCAUUCAACUUAUUUAACGGUUGCGAGCACUUCGCCAAGGUGUUAACCUUUGUUUUCAAACGAAAUUUUUAACGUCCUGUUAUUAUUAAGAUAGUGGUCCCUAAAUUGUGAACGAAUCCUUUAAGAGUUCCCAGCAAGAAACAGACAUGAGGUUGGAUUUAACGUUAGACCAGCUCGAAAAUACAGUUUUCUGCGCCAAAUAUCGUAAUUUUAAGAGAAAACUGAUGCGGAAAAUGACCAAAAUGACCAGUUCCGAGAUAGAUUGCGCUCUAAUGCUACAUUAUAAAUUCGUCCUUGCUCAUAAAGAACGACGAAACCAAUAUAUGACUCCCAGUCAACUUGCAGAUUUCUAUCAGAUUUAUUUCCAUAUGCCAAAUUUUAAUUUCGUGCAAGAAGUUAUCAAAUACGUCGAUCCUAGUUCGAAGGGAGCCAUAUCAGCAGAAGGAUUCGUUAGGUUGAUUGAAAUUUGGAUAUACGGGAGCUUCGCGGACAGGAUGAAGUUUUGUUUCGCGGUCUACGACUAUCCAGAGAGUGGGGGCUUUCUCACGAGGUAUAAAGUAGAGAUUCUCUGCCGUAAUAUGGUCCUCGCAGAGUUAGCUGAAGACCAAUAUGACCUUCUUGCUUCAUAUGUUGAUUUUGUUUUUCGGAAAGUGGAUGUUGACCGCGAUGGUUUGAUAUCUUACGAUGACUACGCACAUGUAGUCACAGAAAACCCAAAGCUACUUCAAAUUUUUGGGCCUGUCAUCCCUGAUUUGGAAGAAAUGGGAGCAAUUCUUGGGCAGGCGAAGGCAGAUCCUCUGCCAUAAUUGUAGUAAAUUUUAUCAUAAUUUUCAAAAGUUUAUAUUUAAUACUAAUUUAUUUAUUUAUAUAACUAUUAUAAAUUAAAAACAGGAAUAAAGGACAUUUCUGUUAUUUCACGGAAA